AUGCCUGACAUCCUCGAUAUUUUGGGCUUCGUGCUCUCGAUCAUAUCCUUCGUGGGCCUCCACCAAUUGAAGGAGCUCGUCGCACGUCGUCUCCCCCCACGUCGUCUACAAGCCAUCCAGACCGAGCUCGCUCAGCUGUGCCAGCUCUUGGAGCGUAUUGAGCGUAUCGGGCACCCUGACGAGCAAGAUGUGAUACGCCGAUUGCGACGCCGUUUGGAAGAGCUAGACGCGCGCAUCACACAUACGUGGCUAGAUGUCGACAAGUGGAAGGCCAAGGGAGUCGUGCGACGAUGCGAGCACUGGGCCGAGCGCGUCGAGCUCUCGCGCCGCUGCAGUGCUCUCAGCCGCGACAUCGAAGAGUUGCGUGCACAUCUCCACCUGCUGCCGCCCCCGCGCCCCCACAUCCUCGAUCACGCACCCGAUGCGCAUGCUCCUACCUCCGAAGUAUCUUCUUGCGUGCCCGUCAACUGCGAACCCUCUCCAGCCGCCUUCUCAGUCUCCUCCACCGUAGCCUCUUCCCCGGAGACAGCCCCCCCUUUACCCGAUACGCCUCCGCCCACGCUACCUACCUUGACUCCGCCGACCUCUGUCGAAGCCGCCGGGCCCAGUGGCAAUCGCGACCAUGACGAUGGUCACGACCGGCAGCCUACUGCGUCGCAGGAGCUGCACAAGCCCACAGCCACGCAGAGCUGGGUCCCGGACGGCCAUGACCAACACACAUCGGCGGUGGAUCCAUUCAAGUCGGGAGAUAACCGCAAGAAGUCGCGUGUUCGACGUCCCCGCGUAGCCUUGCAUGAAACACAGCACCAUGUCCACAGUUGCAAUUCUGUUUCCAAAGAGGAGGACAAUCUAUCCGGAGGCUUGACGGCAGAAGGUCUGAUACGGAAGAUGCUAACUGAAAAUGGCUUGGUUGAGUGUAAACAAAGCGAUAUCAUUUACGGGAAACUAGACGUCUGUGCCCGUGCUACGCACGGGCUCCCCUUGUGA